AUGAAGUUUUUCCUUCAGCUCAUUUGCCUCAUCGUGCCUUCGGCGGCGAUGAAAACAGACAUGUCACGUACCAUUCCGGUGGAUGGAGCCAAGCAGGGGAUGGAGCGCAUUCUCCUCAACAACGCGGUCCACGACCUCGACGAGGCCAAGGAGAUGCCGGACCCAGAGAAGAACGAUGACAUGGAGGGCAUGGGCGGCCUCGGUGGGAACCUGGAGUUCAUGAUGCUGAAGCUCGCCCAGCUGGAGACGAUCGUGGAGCUUCAGCAGCUGCAAAUCAAGGAAAUGAACGAGUGGAGGCACGGCCACAUGGCCGGAGAGCACAAUGCUUCCAAGCCCCCGCCGUCGGCCCUGGAGGUGAAGCUGGCGUCGGAGGCCAAGGCUCAGCACGCGCAGGACACUCUGAAGGGCGUCCUCCGCAAGCAUCACCGGCAGCGGGAGACGCGCGAGUUCGCGACCCGCCCCAAGGCCGCGCCUGCACCUCCGCAGGCGCCGGAGGCGACGGCCCAGCUGAUCCAGCGCUCCCGCUCCAACCAUUCCAAGGAGAGGGCUGAGGAGCAGUCGCUGGAUGCGAGUGUGAAUUCCAAAGUCCUCGGAGUUUUGACCUCCGGCACCGGCUUAAUCGGCGACGCACUGGGAGACGCCUACGAGAAGGCCAAGGACCCAGUUGCCUUCGUGUCGGAGACGGUCAUCGACACCGUGGACAUGGCCAUGGACAUCCUGUCCCGCGGCUUCACGGACUUCAAAGCUGGCUGCAACCCGAGCACGGCGCCAAGCGUAAAGGUAAGUGAGAACGGGCUUUGUGUCAAGUUCGGGCGGCAGAAGUGCUGGGUUCGGCUGAUGGGUCAGAGCCUCACACUCUUCGACUUCAACUUCGGCAAAAAGUGCGUGGACUGGCCCGGCCCCUUGAAAACUGCGAUCAAGCUUGGGAAAGGGUUGGCAAGUUGCCGCGGAGACUUUGGCGAUGUCAUGAAGUGCCUCGGCUCCGAGAUCGCCGACAACGUCCCCGCCCUUAAGGCCACACUCACCAUGGGCGACGAACUCCGGAAGUGCGCGAAGAGAUCCAGCGCCGGUGACGUCAUCAAGUGCCUGGGCUUCCGGAUCAUCCAACUCGUGCCUCCGCUGAGCUUCUUGAACCGGAUGAGCGACAUGCUCACCGAGUACGUGGAGGGCUUCGCCCCGCGUGGCCUCGCCCUCAAGGAUGGCUACUCCUUGAUCCAGGAGGCCUCCGUGUCCAAGUUCCCUGCCGCUGGCGCGGCUCCCGUAGUGAAGCACGAGAGCAGGAACUUCCUGAUCCAAACCCACUCGCAGCGCAGAGAACUCUCAGCUUCGGAGAUGGACAGAGACGGUCCAGAACCGGAUGGCUUGGGCUUCGACAUUAGUUACGAGGGCAGCAACUAUGCUUCCAAGCUCAUCACCCAGUUUGGGGGCAGGGAGACGGACACCAGCUCUUGCCUUGCCUUCGCACCCCAAACGCGUCGGUCGCGGAGAACCAAGAAGAAGACAGACUGGCAGGUGAAGAAGAAGGAUGACUUCAUCAAGCUGGAGCCUUGGGCCGUGCCCUGCGGUAACAGGUGGAUGAAGGACAACCCAUCGAAGUGGGAGGGCUGCUCGGAUGGCCUACCCCUUCUGCCCCAGAAAUCAGGCUUCUCCUUCUACACCGCCGAGCUGGCGAUCGAAAAGUGCCUCACGGUGACCUACAAGAUGAACUUUCAUGCGUUUGCCCUUCCUCCCCAGCGCCCCUCCAUCGAAGGAUGCCCAAGUGUGUUGGCCCACCGGGCGGCCAGAUGGCAUGGAUCUGAGCAUGCUGACCCUUGGUUGGAGCAAGGCUCCCUGCCUUGUGACGAUGUGAAGCAUCCUGAAAGCGUCAACCGACAGGAAGACAGUGAUCCGCUCUUCAGUCGGACCAUCCGCCUCAGCAAGCGAUACGGCAGCAAGACGGACUUCACGGGGAAGAACACCUACCAGAGCACAGCAACCUGGUUCCUGGAGACGAACGCCAGCGUCCAGCAAGGCCCCUGGAACCAAAGCCAGGCCUUUGAUUGGGAGGAGCCGGUGGAGGAGCUUUACUUGGCCUCGCUGGAACUGGGCCCGAACCGGCUGAACCGGAGCUCCGAGCUGCGGGGGGAGGCCGCCCUUCGGCGGCUGAAAGGCCUUGGGCUUUCUCUGGCCCAAGAGGCCCAAGAGCUGACGUCGACUUCCGCCAAGAACCUCUUCCAGCUCUUCAGCUUCAAGCACCCGGGCAUGGUGAACUUCGAGCUGAAGGGUCUACUGGAGGGCAACAGCCUGGAGCUGGGCAUCCGCAUGGGCUUCGGGCCCUUUGAGUCCCAGGAGAAGAGGCUCAAGCUCGUGGACAUCGCGGACCAAUUUGCGGUGGUCCUCAAUGCUCUGCCCUUCGUGUCUUCCAAGAGCAAGGACAAGGCCCUGAAGGCCCUCCGAGACUUCUCAAAGAGCUCUGUUCCACCACCGGUCCUGACACCUGGCACCCGCGUUGCCCUCUACAGCAAGAAGCACCGGCGUUUCCUCAAGGCGGGAAGCCGGGACAUGGGCUCCACGAAAACCAUGGACGUCGAGGCCCUGCGAAGUUCCUGGGAUCGUGAGUACUUCACCGUGGUGGAUGGUGGAAAUGGGGAGAUCGCGCUGCACAGUGCGCGGUACAACCGGUUCAUGAGGAUGCACAGCAAGACGAAUAUAGACAUGAGUGGUGCCAGAGCCACACUUCCGUCGAACUGGAAUCUUGAGCGCUUCACCCCGGUGAAUGCUGGGAAUGGGGAGAUUGCGCUCCACAGCAAAGCCAAACGCCGCUUCGUCCAGAUGCAUCCAGAUGGCCGUGUACGGCCGCAUCACCAGGACAGAGAUGCGAACAAUGUUCCAGGAAGCUGGGAGCGCUUCUUCGUGGUGCAUACCCCCCAGCCCUACUUCUACUUGGAGCCUGGCUCCGUGGUCGCGCUGUACUGCUGGAAGCACCACCGCUUCCUUCGCAUGAACAACAAGGCGGACAUGGACCGCAGUGCCAUUAACGGACCCUACGUGCGGAGAGGAUGGACAUGGGAGACCUUCACCGUGGUGGACGCAGGGGGUGGCCUGAUUGCAUUGCACAGUGCAGCACACAACCGCUUUGUGAGGAUGAAGGGGAAUGCGGACAUGAGGGCAAGCGACAAAAAGUCCAUCAACGAGCUCCCCGACAGCUGGACCGAUCAGAGGUUUGCAGUCGUGCCUGCCGGCAAACAUGCCAACAAACACGUAAUCGCUUUGCACAACCCCUGGCACAACCGCUUCGUUUCCAUGACGACCAACAGCGUUGUUGCCAGUGGAAAGAAGGAUGCGCAGAGCCUGCCUGGAGGCUGGACGUGGCAGAAGUUCCAGGCAGGCGGCCGAAACUAA